AUCAGAGAGUGUUUAAACUUUAUACGAGGCGAGUGAAAACAAAAUAAUUUUAUAAAAAUGUAUUCAGAAGAAGCAACAGCAUUGGUUAUAGACGUUGGGUCUGGAAUGUGUAAAGCUGGAUUUGGUGGAGAAGAUGCACCAAGAGCCGUUUUUCCUUCAAUAAUUGGACGUUCUCGAUUCGCUAAUAUUAUGAUUGGUAUGGGUCAAAAGGAAUCGUAUAUCGGUGAUGAAGCUCAAUCUAAGAGAGGUGUCCUUACCCUCAAAUAUCCAAUUGAACACGGUAUCGUUACCAACUGGGAUGAUAUGGAAAAAAUCUGGCAUCAUACCUUCUACAAUGAAUUGAGAGUCGCCCCUGAAGAGCACCCAGUCUUGCUAACUGAAGCCCCUCUUAACCCCAAGGCUAACAGAGAAAAGAUGACCCAAAUCAUGUUUGAAACCUUCAAUGUUCCAGCUAUGUAUGUUUCUGUCCAAGCCGUUCUUUCCCUCUAUUCUUCGGGAAGAACCACCGGUAUCGUUCUUGAUUCUGGUGAUGGUGUUACACACACAGUCCCCAUAUAUGAAGGAUACUCAAUUGCACAUGCUAUUUCGCGUCUUGAUUUGGCUGGCAGAGACCUUACCGAUUAUUUGAUGAAAAUCCUUACCGAGAGAGGCUAUAGCUUCAAUGGGUCUGCCGCUAGAGAAAUCGUUAGAGAUAUCAAGGAAAAACUUUGCUAUGCUGCCCUUGACUUUGACAAAGAAAUGGAAAAAUCAGUAGAGUCUUCUUCCAUUGAAAAAUCGUACGAAUUGCCUGAUGGUCAAGUAAUCACCAUUGGUAAUGAAAGAUUCCGUUGUCCUGAGGCCCUUUUCCAACCAAGCUUCUUGGGUAUGGAAUCUGCUGGUAUACAUGAAAUUGUCUAUGAUUCUAUUAUGAAGUGCGAUGUUGAUAUAAGAAGAGAUUUGUUUAAUAGCAUGGUCUUAUCAGGAGGAACUACUAUGUAUGCGGGUAUCGCAGAGAGAGUGAGAAAGGAAAUUGCAGCCUUAGCACCAAGCACAAAUAGAAUUAAAGUCAUCGCACCUCCAGAAAGAAAGUAUUCAGUUUGGAUUGGCGGUUCUAUUCUCUCAGAGCUGUCAACUUUCCAACAAAUGUGGGUAAACUCGUCAGAAUAUAAUGAAUUUGGAUCUGCAAUAAUUCACAGGAAAUGCUUUUAAAUUUCUAAUUGGUUGCUGUCAUAUUCAAAAAAGAAAACAUUUGAUCAUUUUACUCAUAUUUUUGUAUGAAGAUAUUUGUGAAUAUGCCAAAUAACUAAUAUUUUACCUCAAUCAUUUAUAUAGAUAUGAUUAUGAACGUAAUAAAUUUAUCAUUUGAACAUUGGUACUGUAUAUCGCAACAGCA